AUGGCUUUCAAAAAAAAACGAACUUUUUUCUACGCAGGCAGUCAAAAACUCCCUGAAAGUGGAGACGGGAAUUCACAGCAAGGCUCGUCAGGAGGGGCUGGAGGAAGCGGUGGCUACAAUAGGUACAACAGAUUUAACAGAAAUAAUAACUACAAUAAUAACGGCGGUGGUGCUGGUGAUGCAGAGGAUGGUGCCUUUGCGAAUAGCGGGCCCUCAAUCACACUUCAAUUGGACAAGCGAAAAAAAAUCACUGUGAGGUCAUACCACGGUGUCAAGCUGGUUGAUAUCAGAGAAUUUUUCACAAAGCGUAAUGACGACGGAAUGCAGCAGGAACUGCCAGGAAAAAAGGGAAUCUCACUGACAGAAGAAGCUUGGAACAAGCUUGUGAGCCAGAUUGAUGCAGUCAAAGAAGCACUAGCCAAGUUGGAUGAUCCCACGGCUGCUGCUGCUGCCGCUGCUUCUUCUUCUUCUGCUGCUGCUGCUGCUACCAUACAAGAGGAGCCCAGCAAAAAGAAACUCAAAACGGAAGACGGUUCUGCAAAGGCUAUUGAAGAACGAAAAAAACCUAAGAAAAAAACCAAGGAAGAGGAAGACGCUGAGCUGGAAGAUUCUGAAGAUGAGGAUGAGGAUGAUGAUGAUGAUGAUGACGACAAGCCUAUCCGACUCGCAAACCACCCGACUGCAAGUACAAAUACGGCUAAUCAGGAGGACAAUUCUUCAGAUGAUGAUUCAUCUUCGGACGAGGAAGAAGGCAAGGAUGAUGUUGUUGGUGAGCUUGAGGCUGCGAUACUGGAAAAUGAGCUUGAAGAUGACAAUGAUGACGAUGAAGAUGAUGAUGACGAUGAUGAUGAUGAUGAUGAUGAUGAUGACGAUGAAGAGGAUGAGGUUGACAUUGGAACAAAAGCAAAGGCCGCCAAGCCUGGGAAAUCGCGGCAGGACGAUAGUGAGAGUGAGGAAGAAUGA